AUGAGUUCUUAUUUUGUCAACUCGACCUUCCCGGUGAGUCUGGCGGCGGGGCAGGAGCCCUUCCUGGGACAGAUCCCGCUAUAUCCCUCGGGCUAUGCGGAUCCUUUGAGGCACUACCCCACCACCUAUGGAGCCACCGGCGUCCAGGAGAAGGGCUACCCCUCCUCUCCUUACUACCAGCAAAGCAACGGAGCCUACAGCCCGGACUGCGCGCAGAGCAAAACUGUGUUCGGAGAGAGCGAGGAGCAAAAGUGUUCCGCCCCGGUUUACCCCUGGAUGCAGCGGAUGAACUCUUGCAAUAAGUUUGGGCAGAUCGAUUCACUUCAUUAUUGCUUAAACGCUCGGCUCGAUUACAGUUGCCGCUUCAACCGCUACCUGACUCGGCGCCGGCGGAUCGAGAUCGCCCAUUCCCUCUGCCUGACGGAACGGCAGAUCAAAAUUUGGUUCCAGAACCGCAGGAUGAAGUGGAAAAAAGAGAAUAAAUUGCUCAACUCCUCGCAACUGAGCGCGGAGGAGGAGGAAGAGAAAGCAGCGGAGUGA